AUGCUUAUCGAGCUCCCCGCCGCGAUGUCCCUGAGAUAUUUCCAGCCUCGAUAUGUCUUUAGCCUAGCACUUGUUGCGUUUGGGACAUUUGCUGCAAUUAUCCCGCCAGCAAGGAGUUAUGGAGCCAUCAUGGCACUGAGAGUCCUUAUUGGACUCGGGGAAGCAUUCACAACAAAUGCAUUCAUCUUCGCGAGUUUGUGGUACAAGCCAGAGGAAUUGGCAACCAGAGUCGGUGCAAUCUAUGGAAUGACACCUAUUGCGGGCGCGAUUAGUGGCAUUAUCGCUUACGGAGUGGGUAGGAAUCUUGAGGGCAGCAGUGGGCUGAAAUCAUGGGAAUGGUUGUUCGUGAUUGAAGGGGUCGCGACCUGUGGAUUCGCUUUUGUUGUGCUCAUCUUCCUGCCAGGGCUUCCAGAGGAGACCGCAGCUAAGGGCUCGUACCUUUUUCGAAGUCACGAAGACCGUCAGGCCCUACUCAGACGCUUCGGAAAGUCACAAAAUUCGAAGGGUGCAAAGUUGCGACCUCACCAGAUCUGGAUCGCUUUCAAAGACCCCAAACUUUACACGGGAUCACUCAUGGUGGGAACUGCGGGCGUUGGAAUUGGAGCCUUCUCCGUGUUCCUGCCAACAUUUAUCAAGGAGUUCGGGUUCCCGCGCCUAGAAACUCAGCUUUACUCAAUGAUCCCGUAUGCCUUUGGCUUGGUGGGCCUUCUAUUCUUCUCGUGGCUUUCCGAUCACCUUCGCCAGCGGGCAUUGGUAGCUAUUCUCUGCCUAUGCAUUACUGCAACCGGAUUUGUCAUUCUGUUAGCCACGACAAAUAAGGUGGCCCUGGUUGCUGGAGCAUGCUUCGUAGCAGGCGGUGCGUAUCCAGGCCUGGUUGUCACCAUUUCCUGGCUGAUGACAUUUCACGGUGGUUACACGAAGCGAGCGACCGCAUCUUGGGUCGUCCAGAUCGUUAUUCAAGGUUACAGCAUAAUGGCUUCACAGAUAUACCGCGACCCUCCACGAUACUUUCUUGGGCAUGGAAUAGCUCUGGCAGUGUACACAAUUGGCAUUGCCAGCGCCAUAGCAUCAUGGUGGAUUUGUUCCCGAGCAAACAAGGCAAAAGAGCAGAGACAGGCAGAGUUUGCCGCUAGAGGGGAAGUCGACCCUGACAUGGACGAGGAUUAUGAAAGGCUUUGCGACUACCACCCUGGUUAUCAUUAUUCCACCUAG